CGUCGAACACGCUGGAAACACGCUUCACGCGCCAGUUGGCCGACGAGGUCGCCGAUCAUGGACACGCCUUCAUCAAACUCACUGUUAAAACCUCGUCUAAGGCUUAUCCGCCGCACACCAAGUCCUCGUGCUCAAGAUAGCAGUGAUAUGGACUUUACCCCGGUCGCAGUUCCUUCCUCCGCGCGAUCCCAGUUCAAUGUUGUUGACGAUGAGGACGACAAUCAACCUACUCCCCGUAUGCCACUCAAGAACAUUGCUUCUUCUUCCAAUAGCUAUGGUACAGAUUCUGAAUUUGGACCAUCUACUUCUUACGCGAUACCCUCCGAUACUCCUGCAGCACGCCUCCGCGCCUUGCUAGCACGUUCAUCAGAUUCGCCCAGCGGAAAAUCUCCUCCUACAAGACUAUAUGCACAACCGUCAGAAGAUGGCGCUGGCUCGGUGUCGUCAUCUCGUUUUACACGGGACAGCCUGAAGGAUUUGUUCUCUCAUGCCAGACGUGAGCCUGGGGACACGCCACAGAAGUCGAGACCACGUAGAAAUAGUUUUGACACCAGCGAGAUGGACAUUACCCCUGUGGUUGACCGUGAAAGGGACAAGCAUAAGGGCAAAAGAAAAAGUCUCAGUGAUGAUGAGGUUGAUAAACCAAAAUCCAGCAAGGGGUCUGAAUCGUCAUCUCGGUCUUCGCAUGCAGCAACAUUUGACACUCUUCGUGCACGCCUGAUGUCUUCACAUUCGCAACUGCUCGAUCAAAAAUUACCUACAGCAAUAUAUGACGUUACUUCUCAACCCUCCGAAAUAGGUUCACUACUUUCAGAUGAACACCGUCUGGAAAGACAUGCCAAUGUCAAUCCCACGACGACUUUGUUACGGCCGCUUGAUUCCUCUUGGUCAUCACCUCCAAGAAGUGCAGGUUCACCUCAUGGGACCUUCCAAUUACCUUCUCAGCUAGUGUCUCACUCUAAUCUCCUGGAUCAGGAUUCGGAUAUGCAGCAUGCUAUGAGAGAUCUUGACACUUCUGAAGAUGCGCCAGGACCGACGCCUGGCCCAAGCACCGGUCGCCCGUCAACUACUCCGUUGCGGCCCCGUUCCUCCCUUUCAUAUCGUGGAAGUUUGCGACAUCAUGAUCAGUCUCGGCGUGCCAGUCUCGAGUUGCCAGGGCCGAGGGCAAGUUCAUCACUUUCUGAAGCUGAUUUCAAAGAGAAACAGCACUCUCGUGAAGAAGAUCAAAUGCAUCAACGCGAACGCGAGUGGAACCGUCCAAAAGCACCAUCACGUUCAGUUACCCCUGAGCUGCAUCACCGACACUCGUUGGAGUUUCACCGGCGCCACUCUCAAGAAAUACCUAGGACAUCUCCCUCUCAUGUUAAGUCACUUUCGAACGGUGCAACCAUAUCAAGAAGCGGGUCACCGCUUAGCAGCAGGAGUCUGCAUAGAAGGGGUAGCAUUGCGUCGCUCCGGAGUUUUGAUGAUGAUCGGAGCUCCAGGCCAAGUUCCAUGAGCUCGCAGGCAGAUCAUCGUGAUCGGAUGGCUGAACUUGACCGAGACCACUACCUUGAACGUGAACGAGAAUGGAAUAAACGACACCCACCGCCUCGACCGUCUUCAAGCCUUAGCUCGCAUUCGAAUCACUCCCACACGCAUCCCAGUCGACCUCCAUCGGCCACAGCAUACUCGACACCGACACUUGCAUCCCUUCAACGACAAGGUUACGGUUCUCGACCAUCAGGUGCCAGCUCACCUGCCAGCUCACAGGCUAGCCACAACUCAUUACGAGAUCAAGAUGAAGAGGAAGAACGAGAGGUAACGCGAGAGUUAACGCAUGAGCGAGAGCGAAAUUGGAACUCGCCACAGCCCAAUUGGAAAACGGCAAGGCAUAGUCACGGCGCCAGCUCACUGGCUAGUCACGACUCAUUACGAAAUCAAGAUGAAGAGGAAGAACGAGAGGUAACGCGAGAGUUAACGCAUGAGCGAGGGCAAAGUUGGAACUCGCCACAGCCCAAUUGGAACACGGCAAGGCAUAGUCGCGGCAGCAGUGGAAAUGAAGUUACAUCUGCCAGUGUCCAUCUUUCCCAAAGCAAGAGCGGGAGGAGUCUGCGUGCAUCUUCCAGUUUACCUCACCUCACUCCGGACGCUCGGAGCAAGGGCUCGUCGACUAUCGUGAAGUCGCAUUCUCACAAAGACAAAUUGGAUUCAGUGCUCGAUGGAUCAACAUCUGUUCAUCCUCCUCAGCAUGCAACUCAGUCGUCUCCUCCUCAAACCAAUCAGGGUGAAGCAUCACCUUAUACCACACCGCUCAAGCUUGCGCCCGCUUCAAGAUUUGGCUGGCGUUUUCCGCGGAGUCAUCAACUUCCCCCUCUUGAUUUGGAGAUUUCACCCGAACGACUCGAACACAGAAACAAGGAGUCUGAUUCCUCACAUAACCGCAUGCAGACCAGCACUUCGCCAUCGCUGACCCCAACCUCUCGCCCAUCCAGCCGGGCAUCGAAUAGGUCGAGUUUGAUUCCAGUACCCUCGACAUCUAAGAGGAAUGGUCUUUUCAGCAGCGGCAAUUUUGCUUCUUCUACUCCUAAAGCCGAUGAAGAGAAGUUCAAGAAGGGUCAUCGCAAGCGAUUGACGGAGUUUACUGAGUCAGUGGGAAGUAUUCACCCUCAGACUAACAUGCACGGUGCAUUUGGAGACGAGGACAUGGUUUUAGCGAGUGAUGAGGAAUCUGUGUCGGACUUUGCUCCGCAAUCGACUACUCCACGCACACGACCUUCGAAUUCUUUCCCUGAUGAUGCUCCCAGCGAGACAGAGACAGAAGUUCUGGUGUCUCCACCACCCUCGCCACCAAGACAACGCUCACCUGUUCAGGCACCUCCUGGCGUUCAUGUCAAUGAUGAAGCACGUCUCCAUAGAGCUCUUUCCUCAACUUCGGCGACCUCGUUCCGACCUCCUACUCCCGACUAUCCAUUAACAACCUCUCGGCUCCAAGAACAGACGACGCCAUCCUCUUUCACUCCGCCAGGAACGCCGCCACUGGCCAGUAUUGCCCCUCAGGAUGAAUCUUCCGAAGUCAUUCCCAACUUUGUGCUCACAACUCCGCCACGUCGUCUUUCAUCAAGCACUUCCAUCCUUGACUUCCGUACCCCGUCUCCACCCCAUGACCUCGCUAAUCUUUCUGCUCUCCCUUCAUCUUCUGAGGAUGAAGUAGAGACGCGCGAGGCGGAUGUCACUCCCGUGCGAGUAGAUGAGGGUGGUCUUUCCAAUCCGAACUACACAGCGAUGAAGACCCCGAGACCUCCUGCACCUGAGGGAAACACAUCGCCACCUCCUACUUCAUCUGAAUUAAAUAUGACUGCACCAUCGUCGCCGACGUCUUUGUCUCGAGCCAAUUCUGAACCCGAGCGGAGCUCGAAGACUGAGGCCCCGGCAGGCAAUGGGCUACUCACGCCAAUACCUUCUCUGUCGCGUGCCAACUCUCUUCCUUUACGCACCCCAGCUCCCCCUGGUGCAUGGAUGUCGACCCCGAACCAACCUACAAUGCAGAAUGGACAGAAUGGUUCUACUGAUCAGUCCCCGUUUGGUUCUAUUGGAAAGAGAAGGAGCAUUCUCAAAGUGCGCUUUGAUGUCACGGAAUCAGAGGCUUCAACUGCUGAAGUUGAGCACCAAAGAUCUCCUUUACCUUCCGGGCGCGUAUCUGCGCCUGACUUUCUGCCCGACAUCCCUGCACGGCGAGCUGAGAGCGUCCUUUCGAAAGCGACCAACGGUUUUGCUCAAAUCGAUGUCGUACAUGAUCCAGUGCUGGCGAGGCCUCGCACUCCUGAACGCCCUACAACGCCAGUAUCUCGUCCCAACGCACCAUCACCACGUUCACUGAGAAAAUCCCCCACCGUCAAGGUCGUUGAUGCAUUCGGUCGGGAAAGGAUUGACGACCUUCCGACGUCGGCCGAUCCCCAGGAUAUUGUGAAUGGGCGUGCGGACGCGAACGAUGCGAUUCGUUCAUCGAAAUCAGCUGAAGCUCCUCAUACUCCUCGCGCCCAACACAAGAGUAAUAUUCGUAUUGUCGAUGCAAUGGGAAGAGAAAUUGAGGAAGAAGCCAACCCUGUGAUUGAACCCCUGUUCGAAGAAGAAGAGUCAGUCCUGCAUGACGAUUCACCCAUUGGUCGCACGGAAACCCUGGCUCAAAUGCGGCAAACGCUCCGGGAGUGGGCUGAUGGGCUAAGUGAUGGAGACAGGUCUGCUGAUGAUCUCGCUUUGAACACGACCCACCUCGAAGAGCUCGAAGAAGUUUCAAAGGCAGCGCGGCGUGCUCGGAAUCAGUUGGCUCAGACCCUUCGCGUCGAAUCGGUGAAAGAGCGUGACCUGAUGCACAAAUAUGCUAAGGACGCCGUGGGCCGAAGUGGGCUUUUGCCGGCUAUCGCUGGUGACAACAGCUCUUUCCAACGUGGUCUGGUUGUGCUCGGGAUUGUGGUCCAAAUCAUCUUCGUCCUCGCCAUGUGGCGAUUUGCACAUGCCCAAGCUCGCCGACUCUUUUAUACUGUCUAUUAUGACCAUCUAUACCCGGAGUUGAAUCCCUUGCCUGGACACUCCCAUCAAUUCUCGCCCCCCUACCCAUCAUUCCCAUGGUCACUUUCGAGUGCAUACGAAAUUGUAAAAUAUGAAGGCUGGACAGCUUUGAAGGCGGAGCUACAGGGCACUGUGCGCCGCAUCGGUGAACAUGCUUGGGAGAGGUGGGGAGAACGCCCUUACACCGGGACAUGGCCACCUACGUGAUUAUUAUUAUGAUACUGCACGCUAUCUAAAUUUCAUGAUAUAUUUUCUUUCUCUGGUAUCGUCGAAAAGCUUGGCUGAAUACUGUGUGAUAUUAUUAUUUAAAUGAUAUUGUAUAUGCAUACAUAUGUCGCAUGAUUACACACUUCCCUCCAUGA